AUCACGAAUGAUGAGUCCGAGGAUGAGCUGCCAUCCAGAGAGGAACGAGCCAAUGCCCGGCUUGGCGAGCAGGGUGCAGGAGAAGGGAUCAAUGAAGGGGCUGUAACUGAAAAGACUGAAGGUGGUGAUGGGCAGAGAGAUGGGGAAGAGACAGAGCAGCCGGACCAAACGUCUGUGUCAAGUAACAAGCCACGGAAGAAGAAAAAGAAAAGGAAAACCAAGAAAACUGCAGCAGGGGAGACUCAGGAAGACAACAACCUGGAGGACAUCGACAGCCUCCUGGAGAAGAUUGAGGAUACCAACGGGCUGUCGCAGCAAACCCAGAGCGGGAUCAUUGCCGACAGCAGGCCUCUGCUCUACGUAGAGCACAGGAACUUGAACCCAGAGAACGAGUUGAAGAGAUACUUCGGGGCUCGUGCUGUUCUUGGUGACCAGAGGCCAAGGCAAAGGCAGCGGCAGUACGUCCGCAGCACGUGGCUGACGGCUCCCAAGAACACUUGGCCACGCUACAGCAAGACAGGUAUUGCCAUGCAGCUGGUGGACACCAGGAGGGGAGUGCAGUACUUCACCUUCGAGCACCAUCGCGAGUACCAGCAAGUGCAGUUCAAGUUCCUGGAUGCCGUGGAGUCCAUGGACCCCAACAACAUCGUGCUCAGCGACGUGUGCCGGAUGCAGGAGGACCAGGAGAUGGCCCGGGACCUCAUAGAGCGGGCGCUGUACAGCCUGGAGUGUGCCUUCCACCCCGUCUUCAGCCUCACCAGCGGGACCUGCAGGCUGGAUUACCGGCGGCCAGAGAACAGGGCGUUCUUCCUGGCUCUCUUCAAGCACCUGAUCUUCCUGGAGAAGAGAGGCUGUCCCCGCACAGCCCUGGAGUUCUGCAAGCUGAUUCUGAGCCUGGAUCCAGAGAACGACCCGCUGUGCGUGCUGCUGCUGAUCGACUUCCUGGCCCUCCGAGCCAGAGAGUACAGCUUCCUGACCCGCAUGUUCCAGGAGUGGGAGAGUCACCGGAAUCUGUCCCAGCUGCCCAAUUUUGCCUUCUCCGUGCCGCUGGCCUAUUUCUUCCUGAGCCGGCAGGAGGAGUGCUCGGAGCUGGAGCUCAGCCAGGCCCGGGAGAGAGCCACCCAGCUCAUCCAGCUCGCCUUGAUCAUGUUCCCAAGCGUUCUUAUGCCGUUGCUGGAUCACUGCAGCGUGCAGCCCGACGCCAGGGUGGCCUCCCACCCCUUUUUUGGGCUGAAUGCUCAGAUAAGCCAGCCUCCUGCCUUGAACCAGCUGACGGCCCUCUACGUGGGACGGACACACGCCCUGUGGAAGGACGCGGCCGUCAUGGCUUGGCUGGAAACCAAUGUCCACGAGGUCCUGCACAUGGUGGACGCCCGGGACCCGCUGGUGGAGGAGUCUGAGCACAGGAGGAAGAUGCGGUACCAGAGUGCACCCAGGAACAUCUACCGGCACGUCAUCCUCUCGGAGAUGAAGGAGGCCACGGCAGCUCUGCCUCUGGAGGUGACCUCGCAGCCGGUGAUGGGCUUCGACCCCUUGCCUCCACUGGACUCCAUCGUUUCCUACACCAGACCAGAAAGGACGACUCACCCACCCAACGAAAGCACUUUAUCUCUCUUCUUCCGCUCGCUGCUGCCCAAUUUUAACCUGCAGGGGGACAUGCGACACAACGGGGACGAGGAGGCGGGCGCAGGGCAGGACCUGAACCAGGGGGUGAACAGGCUCAUGGCGGCCAUGCGGGACAUGCUGGCCAACAUCCAGUUCCAGGAGCCGCCCCGUGACGACAACCCUGAAGGCGACGGGGACUGGGACUGAGCCCAACGUGCACAUUUCCCCCCCAGAACCCUCUCUAAUUCCCCUCCUCGGCUUGUGUCACGCUCCAAUAAAGUCACACAA